AUGAACAACUUCACCGUACAGGUAGAAACAAACCGGAAAACAAUCAUGCCACAAAGACUACCGCGGGGGCCAUUUGGGAGCUCUUCAGUUUCUCCAAGUCUAGUAUCCCAAGGAGACGGUUCCGCAACUCGGAGAUCCUCUACACCUAAAGCUAACAGAUUAGCCCAGUUCUUCUCAUCACCGAAGAACAAGGAACUUCAGACAGCGCAAGCAGCACUGCUUCAAGCAGUAGCUUCUCAACACCUUCUUACCAACCCAUCAUCUACAAUAACGGCACCGUCUCUCUCCUUGCCCACAAUUUCCUUAUCAACAGCCAAGGCUAGUGAAGUCAACACAGACGAACCUUGCACUACUCUCUUCAAGCCACCCUCAGCCAUAGAGGCUAAGCGUCAGGCGCGAAUAGAAGCACAGUUCGGUCCCCUGGGACAUAAUAAUCACAGAUAUAUAAGCCAGCACUCUGGUGGCGAUUUCGCUGAACCCAUAGAGGAUGAACCACCAUAUUACUACCUUCUCACAACAUACAUCAGUUACCUCGUACUAAUCAUAUUUGGACAUGUAAGAGACUUCUUCGGAAAGCGUUUCAAGGCAGAACAUUACAGGCACUUAAAAUCAGCGAAUGGCUACGCAGCUCUGAAUAGUGACUUUGAUAACUUUUACGUCCGUAGACUGAAGCUACGCAUCGAUGAUUGCUUUGCCAGACCUACCACUGGUGUACCCGGAAGAUAUAUAACACUGAUGGACCGAGAAACGAAUGACUUCAACAAAAACUAUAGAUUUACUGGUACAUAUACUGAAACACUCAAUAUGAGCUCUUAUAACUACCUCGGAUUUGCCCAGUCUGAAGGCCCGUGCGCUGAUGCUGUGGAAGAAUGUAUAAGAAAGUAUGGUAUUAGUGCUGCCAGUCCGCGUGCCGACGUCGGGACAUCUGAAUUAGCUCUAGAGGUUGAGGAUAGGAUUGCUAAGUUUAUUGGAAAACCUUCUGCUAUGGUUUUUUCAAUGGGAUUUUCCACGAACGCUACCUCUUUUCCAGCAUUGGUAGGAAAAGGCUCCUUGAUAAUCUCUGAUGAAUUAAAUCAUGCGUCUAUCCGAAUCGGUGCUCGACUUUCUGAAGCCAUGAUAACCUCUUUCAAGCACAAUGACAUGAAGGAACUCGAGCAAAAACUUCGAGAAGCAAUCUCCCAAGGACAGCCCCGAACACACAGACCUUGGAAAAAAAUACUGGUUGUAGUCGAAGGUCUUUAUUCAAUGGAGGGUACGAUGUGCGAUCUCCUCGGUAUACUUAAGCUCAAGGAACGGUACAAAUUUUUCUUGUUUGUUGAUGAAGCGCAUUCGAUUGGUGCACUCGGACCCAAAGGACGUGGUGUAUGUGAUUAUUUUGGAGUUGAUCCUUCAAGAGUGGAUAUAUUAAUGGGCACGUUCACUAAAUCUUUUGGUGCUAAUGGUGGGUACAUUGCAGGAGAGAAGCAUAUCAUAGAUAAACUCCGUUCGACAAAUGCUGCAAAUCUAUAUGGAGAGUCACCAACGCCUCCUGUGUUGAUGCAAGUGCUUAGCGCAUUAAAAAUAAUUGCUGGUGAGAAUGUCCCAGGUCAGGGUGAAGAACGAUUACAAAGGAUAGCCUUCAAUUCUCGCUACCUUCGUCUUGGACUCAAACGCCUAGGCUUCAUAGUUUAUGGCCACGAUGACUCUCCGAUAAUACCUAUACUACUUUACAAUCCAGCAAAGAUGCCUGCUUUCUCACACGAAAUGCUCCGAAGGAAAAUAUCAGUCGUUAUUGUUGGUUAUCCUGCAACGCCUCUUAUUUCCUCACGAGCUCGAUUUUGCGUCUCCGCCGCUCAUAAUAAAGAUGAUAUGGAUCGUCUCCUCAGUGCAUGUGACGAGAUAGGAAAUAUACUGCAGUUGAAAUUCAGUACCGGAAUUGCUGGUGGACGAGAAUGCCUUCCUGAUGGAAUAACGCCAGAAAUGGAAAGGGAAUGGGAAAAAGCUAACGGUUCGAACAUAUUAACCACUCCUCCUAGAUGGAACUUGCGUGAGGUGAUAGCAAACGGAGUGCAAGACGUCAAAAUGCCAUUACGGUGA